AUGUCCGACGCUCCAGCUCCAGCUCCUGCUGCUGCUCCAGCUCCACCAACUCAUGCUCCAUUGACCCCACAUAAGCACUGCAACACUCGCGAUCGUCUGUUCGGACAAGAAUCUCCAGCUGCGGCUUCUCCAAAACGCGUUACUCCAACCUACAAGUCUCAGAUCUUCGAUGAUGUUCCAGCUUCACCAUCCAGAACUCCAAAGAAGUCGAUCCCAGUUCUUUCUCGCAACCCAGUGACCGGAGAAAUCAAGCAAUCGCCAUCUCAACAAAAAAUCGCUGCCUAA